AUGAUGGGUGACGAGACCGUCCCUGCCAACACUAUUGUUGGAGAUACCGGCCUAUUCCAGUGCGGCUCUUGCAAGCGCCAGUAUAAGAGGCUGGAUCACUUAGCUCGCCAUGUUCGCUCCCAUACCCAGACUAAGCCAUACUCGUGCAAGAUAUGCAGCAAAGCCUUUGCCAGAACGGAUAUCCUGAAGAGACACAUCGCCGGGCACGAGGCCCAAGGCGUAACGCCUAGCGUUAAGUCCUCCUACUCAGAUGCGAAGGAGAAUCCCGGCAGGGUGACGCAAGCAUGCCGGGCCUGCUCCUCCAACCACCUUCGGUGCAGCGAAGAGAAGCCGUGUCGCCGGUGCACCUCCAAGGGCAUCGACUGCGUAUGGACUCAGCCUAGCGACUCCGUCAUCACACCUCCCUCGAGCGUAUCCCAAGCUAGCGAGGCGACCUUUGACAUGGGGAAUACGGCUCAGCCAGCUCACUUGGCGGACAUGGAACCCCUACAACCUCAACUUAUGGAGAGUCGUGACAUGGCUCCUGGAUCACCCAGCAUGUCUGGUAUGGAUGGUGGUAUGAACAACGCCCUACCGGGUUUCUUCCCAGACUGGAACCUCCUCCCAGGCCAAUGGACGCCCCUAGCCGGCCAAGACUUCGGCCUCACACCCAACAUCGACCUCGACGACGUCGACCUGCGCUUCCUCGACUCCUACAACCUCAAAGUCCCCUUUGAGUUCGGCACCGCCUCCCACGCCGGGUCCGCCACCGACCCCGCCUUCCCCCUCGAAAACACCACGCCCACCUCCUCCUCCGCCGUCGCUGAGCACACCUACUCAUCCUCCUCCUCCUCCUCCUUCCAUCCCGCCGCUCUCGGCUCGGAGGCCUUUCGCCGAUCCCACUGGCGCUUCCGACCCAACCGCCACGACCACGGCGGCGCCGAGGAGCACAACCUCUCCCUGGACCCGCAAGAGUCCGCAGACCAUGCCGUCUCCUCCCGCGACAAGAUCCUCACCAUGGUCGUCGAGAGCUGUCGCCCCCAGAACCUGUCGCGCGCCGUCGCGGCGGGCAUGGCGGCGGAUGGGGCCGUCAUGACUGCCGAUCCGGCGCUCACCAAGUUGGGGUAUGCCAUUCAGGAGUGCGUAAGGGUGUCCGUUCCCAAAGACUGGGAAAGAAACAACAGCUUAAUCCGCGACCUCGAGCUCCUUCAAGCCUUCUUCUUCACUCUCGAGAUCGGCCUAUGGAGCGGCCACGGCCGCAAAGUCGAAAUCGCCGAAAGCUUCCUCCAGCCCCUCCUCACCAUGACGCGGCGCGGCAACAAGUUUCGGCGGUCGGCUUACCCGCCCAUCGUCGUCCGCGCCGACGACGACCACGAGACGCUGACGCGGACGUGGCACGCCUGGGUGAAGCAGGAGUCGUUUAAGCGCGUGGCGCUGCGCAUGAAGCAGCACGACUCGGACAUGUCGCUCGCCUUGCUCGUGAACCCCAUCGUCUCCUACGCCGAGACGCAGCUUCCCCUACCUUCCUCGGAACGCCUGUGGGCUGCCCCGACGGCCGAGAAAUGGCGGGCCGAGUAUCUCGCCCUUGAGCAGCACGCCCUCGAGAGGCGCCGCGCGAGUGGUGGGGCGGGCCUGGUUGAGACGACACCAGGCUACCUACCUUCAGUCACGGAUCUCCUGGACAACCCGGACGGCCUACACGUGUACGGCGCAGACAUCGACGUAACAUUUGCCAGCUUCUCCUUCCUAGCGAACGUGUGGAACCUCGCGUGGGAGUACACCCAGCUCGAGUCCCUCCAGCGCGCGCCCAAGCACCGGUGGAACACCCUCGUGAUGACCUCGCGCCUCGAAGAGCUCGUGCGCCUGCUCAACCACUUCCGCCUCUGCAUGGACGCGACCUCGCCCUACGCCUACGAGCUCAACAUGCGUCUCGAGGUCGUCUUCCUUCAUCUGCACGUGCCCUUUGACGACAUCCAGCUCUUUGCCGGCAUGGACGGGCCCGAGCACGCCAGGGUCGUGUACCCGGGGCUCGUCGAGUGGGCCCGCGGCGAGCCCGCCCGGCGCGCCGUCUGGCAUGCCGGGCAGGUCCUGCGCUGGGCGCGCCUGCUUCCCAGGACGGCUCUGCAGCGGGCCACGGCCAUCAUGGUCUACCACGCCGCGCUGACGCUGUGGGUGUACGGCCUGCUUUCCUACGGUGGUGUGGCGGGGCCCAUGGAGCCACCCUCGGCGCAGGCGGUACGGAUCGACCUCGAGGAUGGUGUUUCGGUGCAGCGGUUCACGCAGUUUGGGCGGGGAUAUCCCUGCGUUUAUGCACCUCAUCUUGGCCAACACCAAGAUCAACAACAGCAGCAGCAGCAUCUACAACACCACAGCAAUCAUCAAUCGUACAUGAACUCCGAUGUGGUAUACCUCUUUCACCCUGACGGGGUGAUAGAGGUGACGAUGGCGAUCCUGCGCGCUAACCACGAGGGGCUCCCGCAGCCCCGGCUCGUGCAUCAGCUGAUCGAGCUCAUGUCCGAGCUACAAAGAGCAUCGCGCAAGGGCAUGGAGGUCUAG